GGAUUUCGCUCUUGCUAAACGAAACGAGCCAUCAUGCGAGGCCAAACGGCUGUCAUCUCUAAUGGAAUUAGCGUUCGUUGCCAGUAUGUCAGUUAUAAAGAACUUGACCGUCGCUCACCAGUAUAGCCAUCAUCAACGCAGCUGAGCUGGACUUUCGUUUACUUUUUGCAUUUCGUCUUUCGUUUCAACUUCGUUUAGUCACUCUUUUUACCAAACAUUAUCCAUCAUCAUCAUCAUCAUCAUGAAGACUGUCGCUAUCCUCGCUGGCAUGGCCGCCAUGGCUAACGCCCACGCCACAUGGCAACAGCUUUGGAGGAACGGUGAGGACCUAGAGUCCACUUGCGCCAGGUUGCCUCCAUCCAACAGCCCCAUUGAGGACUACACUAGCACUGCUCUGCAAUGUAACGUCAACCCUGCUGCUGCUGCUGGAAAGUGUAGCUUCGAGGCUGGCGACACAGUCACCAUCGAAAUGCACCAACACAACGACCGUGAAUGCACCAAGGAGGGCAUCGGUGGUGCCCAUUGGGGACCUGUUCUUGCCUACAUGGGCAAGGUCGAGGAUGCUGCCCUUGCCGAUGGUUCGGGCGAGUUCUUCAAGAUCUACCAGAACGGAUGGAAGAAGAACCCGGAGGCCGCUCAAGGAGACAACGACUUCUGGGGAACCAAGGACCUCAACUACAACUGCGGUAAACUCGACUUCAAGAUUCCCGCUGACCUUGCUCCUGGUGACUACCUCCUCCGAGCUGAGGCUAUCGCUUUGCACGCUGCCAGCUCAGGAGGUGGUGCUCAGCAUUACGUGACCUGCUACCAGCUCACCGUCACUGGUAGCGGAUCUGCCACCUUCGAGGGUGUCAAGUUCCCCGAGGCCUACUCCAAGACCGGCCCUGGUCUUGGAUUCAGCAUCCACGCUGACCUUUCUGACUACCCCAUUCCCGGCCCAGCUCUCAUCGCAGGUGGGUCUGAGGCUACUCCCCAGCUUUUGACCUUCGGUCAGAUCACCGGUGCUCCCCCAGCAGCCACCGGUGGAAGCGGAAGCCCCAAGCCUUCUGCUACCACUGCUGCCGCCCAGCCCACCUCUACUGCCGUCGCAGCUCAGCCUACGACCUUGAUCACUUCCGCUGCUCCCACUGCAUCCGCAAGCGCAACACCCGUCGCCGAGCCAGUCUCAUCCAGCCCUGCUCCCGCUCCUUCUGCAACCGCCCCUGCCGCAUCUGCUCCUCCCGCGGCAUCCCAGACUCCCGCCCCAUCGGACAAGGAGUACACCCUCGAGACCUUCAUUGCUUGGCUUCAAGAUGAGGAGGCCGCCGAUGUUGCUAAGGCAAAGGCUCGCCGCCAUGCUCGCGCAUUUCGCGUCUAAAGAGCAUAGUCUCAUAGCAUUCACACAACCAGAAAUGAUUGUUCAUGGAUAACAAAGGGGAGGAAACGAUUUUCGUGUAAAUACUUUUAACUCUUUGAUAGAGGAUUUUCAAUUCACUUCUCAUUUGGCAAUGC